CCGGGUUACGUUGGCGCUUCACGUCAGCGUUGUUUGCUCCAAGAGUCCCAGCUUUACCGCACACGAAAAAAAAAAUCAACAGUCGAAGAAGCCCAGGACUGCCCCAGAACGCGCUUCACUCCUCUUGCCCGGCGUACCCGCGGGUCUGCGCGGUGCAGACUCUCCUUCGCCCGCUCCCUCCAGCCCUGUCGGAUGAGGGCGGGCAGCCUUACCGUCCUGGCCCACUCCACCCGAACCCCGCAUCCUCUUUGGCAUCCGAAUUUGCCUCGCUCAGCACCAGGACGUGACCUACAGGUGGAAGGAGAAGGAGGUCACCUCGGGUCGGGGCCCAGGGGAUUGGGUGUCGGAGCUCGGGCACCCGAAGCCCGGGGCCGAAGCCCGCCAGCGCAGGCUAUAAUUAGCCGGGUGCGGCUGCUGACCCGGAGGCCCGGCGAGUUCCCUCUGCCCGAAGCAGAGCAGGCUCAAGUGAGAGGGCGAGUGGAACCCUGGUGUCUCGGGAGGGCAACCCAGUGCGCUUGGGCCAUGAGCGUGUCGCAGUCUGAACGUCGUCCUUCCAACCCGGGGCGCGUCUGUCUUCCCGUACAGAAGGACGGCCUUGGCUUGCCUUUGCCCGGCCGGAGGACUCCCUCCUGGCCUCGGACCCCGGACGAGGAUCCCGGUUUGCCCCCCUUUCCUCUAGAAGAGCCUGGCCCCAGAUCCAUGCCCCAAGGGAGCCUCCCCUCUCCAGCCUUGUCCCUAGAGGAAGAAGGGGAGGACGAAGAUGAGGACGGUGAAGACGCGGCGGAGCCCGAGGGGCUGCGCAGCGAGGAGCACCCGAGCCAGUUUUUCGCGGAGGCACAGCGGCUGCGGGAGCAGAGGUUGCUGCUGGAUGAAGAGGUGUCGGUCGGGGGACGCGUAUACGGGGUGCAUCGAGUGAUCUUGGCAGCGGUUAGCAGUCUCUUUCGAGGCAGGCUGCAGAGCGGCAUUGCUCCGCGACUCCUCUUCAGCCUCGACUUGGUCCCCAGGGCCUGGGAGGCCGUGCUGACCUUUGCCUACGAGGGGGUGCUGGGUCCCGCCCCGCUGGAGGAUGUGCUGAUCGCUGCUGAGGCCCUGGGAGCACCCCGGGUGAAGGCCGCGGCCCAGCGGAAACGCGAGAGAGCUGGAAGCGCCCAGGACGAUGAACAGCAGCCCAGCCAGGCCGAGGAGCUGCGGGAGAGCCUGCGCAGCAUCGAGCUCCUAUACAAAGAGGGCGUCGGGUGUGACCUGGAGCUGGAGGCAGGCGGCUACCGGCUGUGGGUGCACCGAGCAGCCCUGGCCUGUGGCAGCGAGUUCUUUGGGGCCAUGUUCCUGAGUGGGAUGAAGGAAUCCCAGGGCACAGAGGUGUCUCUACACACCAUCUCUGCCCAGGACCUGCGACUCCUCGUCUCUUUUGCCUACUCUGGGGUUGUGCGAGCAAGGUGGCCAGGACUGCUGAGAGCUGCCCAGGCUGCUCUACAGUACCAGAGUGCCUCCUGCCUGGCUCUGUGCCAGAGAGCCCUGGCACGGGGCCUCAGCCCUGCCCGUUGCCUGGCCCUGUUCCCCAUGGCUGAAGUCCCCGGGUUGGAGAGGCUCUGGAGCAAAGCCCGUCACUACCUCCUCACCCACCUGCCUGCAGUAGUUUUGUGCCCCACUUUUCCUUCUUUACCGGCUGCCUGCCUGGCUGAGCUCCUGGAUAGUGAUGAGCUACACAUGCAGGAGGAGUUAGAGGCCUUUAUGGCUGCACGGUGUUGGUUAGCUGCCAACCCUGAGACCCAGGAGUCAGAGGCCAAGGCCCUGCUUCGAUGUGUCCGGUUUGGCCGUAUGUCCACCAGGGAGCUACGGAGAGUACGGGCAGCAGGGUUGCCUCCGCCCCUGUCUCAGGACUUGCUGCAUCAGCUGAUAGUGGAGUCUGAGAUUCCAGGUCAACAGAGGCGGAGGGAGCCUAACCAGGCUCUGGUAGUGAUUGGCGGGGAUGGGCUCAGCUCAAACAUGGCUGUAAGACAGCCAUCCCGAGGAGUGUGGUGGGCCCGGGCCUUCUGCUGCGGCAUGGGACUGGUUCGAACUGUGGAGUGGGGGCGGCUGCCUGCCCUGCCGGCCCCAGGGCGCUUUCGGCAUGGGGCUGUGAGCCUAGCAGGAAGUGAACUCUACGUAUGUGGGGGACAGGAUUUCUACAGCCACUCCAACAUCCUGGCUUCGACUCUCAGGUGGAAACCUAGUCAAGAGGACUGGGAAGAGAUGGCACCUUUGCGCCAGGCUCGGAGUUUUUUCCCCCUGGUGGUACUGGAUGGACUACUUUAUGCCCUGGGUGGACGAGUCAAUGGUGUUGCCCUUGACUCUGUGGAGACCUAUAACCCUGAGCUCAAUGUCUGGAGGCCAGCACCUGCACUUCCAGCACCACGCUUUGCCCAUGCAGCUGCUGUUCUGGAGGGUCAAUUGUACAUCAGCGGUGGUUGCAACAGGAGUCACCAAUGCCUGACCUCAUUGCUGCACUAUGACCCCAAACUUGAGAAGCCAGGGACACUGCUGAACCCUAUGGGGGUGCCUCGGGCUGGCCAUGUCAUGGCUGCUCUGAGUGGGCGGUUGUAUGUAGCAGGUGGGCUAAGUGAGAGUGGGGACCUGCUGAGCUUUGAGGCCUAUGAUCUAAGGACUGAUAGCUGGACUCACCUGGCAUCCCUGCCCUCCCCCCAUGUUGGGGCUGCAUGUGCUGUGCUGGAGGGAGAACUCCUGGUGCUGGGGGGCUACAGCCACCGUACUUAUGCCAUCUCCCAUCUUAUCCAUGCUUACUCUCCUGGCCUGGGCCGAUGGCUCUGCCUGGGAACUCUGCCAAGGCCUCGUGCUGAGAUGCCUGCCUGCAUCCUGACACUGCCUACUGUGCAGCACGUAGCUUUGGGUCCCACACGGCACCAAACCAAACCUGCUGGGUGAGGGGGUAGUGACAGUGGAUGGGGGGAAGAAGGGAUAGGACACAUCAGAAGAGAAGAGCAGAUAUUAUGGAGGGAGAAAGAUAGUAUUUAUUCUAGUACAGUACUUUACAACUCAAACUGCUUUUGAACGUAUCUUUAUUGAGGAAAAGGUAGUUUCAAAAUUCCUGGGGAAAGCGCAUUGGGGGAGGGGAGGCAGCUGAAUACCUAGGUUAGGAGAGCAGACCCAGGAGCAACUCUAAAAGGUUUAGGGACCCAGGUAUGAUUCUUGGCAGGGAAAGUACAUCUAGCUGAGAUUACAGUCAAGAAGCUCCAGUAACUAAGGUGUGGGGGCCAUGAGAGGACAGUUGGAAAAAUGGUCCUGACCAAUGGAUCAAGAAGAAAAAUGUGGAAAGUCCACCCAUGAAUGAGUUUGAGGAGCUGGGGAGGGGG